AAUGGAUCAUUACUUCUUCUUCAACUACAUCUCGCCUUAUUGCCGUAUUGGACCGUACAUCAUCGGCCUCAUGUCCGGCCAUCUCUUAGCUGUGCGCCAGGGACAAGUUCGGAUGAACAAGAUUACUGUUUGGAUUGGCUGGGUUGUCAGCAUAGCGUGUGGCCUUGCCGUUGUUUACGGUAUCCAUGGAGACAUAAGUGCGGAAAACAAAAGUAGUGUUGCUGUGUCUGCCCUCUACAACGCCCUGGCCAAGUCUGCUUGGGGUGCAUGCGUAAGCUGGGUGAUCAUCGCUUGUUCUUCUGGUUAUGGAGGUCCAGUUACUGUCCUGUUGUCUUGGUCACCUUUUAUUGUGCUCAGUCGUCUGACGUUUAUGACCUACUUGAUCCAUCCCUAUGUUAUUUACAUCUUCUUUAACAGCCAGGAGACACUCUACGCCUCUAGCUAUAUUAUGGAUAUUACAUCCUACCUCGGCAUCUUGUGGCUAACAAACAUGAGCUCCUUUGUUCUGAUGCUUGCCUUAGAGUCACCGGUGAUCGCUUUAGAAAAGGUCAUUUUCAGAAUUAAAAGACCUUUAAAGCAAUCGAGAAAGUCACUUUUGUUUGCUUAGUAAAAGCUACCUACGUGACUUACAUCAUAGCCAGAUAAUAAAUCUGAAAUGCCAAAUGAAAAUUAGAAGUAGAU